AAGAGUUUAGGUUCGCUCCGGCAACUAAACGCUCAGUAGCAAAACCCUGACCGACUAUUUUCGCGCCAAAAAAUGAAAAGCAAAGAACUCUCUCUCGGUCUGUAGAGCAAUGACGUCAGCAAUCGGAUGGUACGGGCCUCUAAUCGACCUCUCCAACGCCGCUCUCCACGUCGGCGAUUUCGUUCAGCUUCUCGUUCUCGUUCACCGGUCCACGCCUGUUCAGUAUAAGCUAUCGAAUGGCGGAGAGGUGAUAAGGACAGACAUUCAGGUCGGUGACAACACGCGACCUUUUUUUUCGGUGUCCCUAUGGCAGAAGCAAAUGGCAUCAGUGGCAGUUGCUGGUGAUAUCGUACUUCUACAAAAUGUCAAGAUUACAAAAUUUGGAGGUACUGUUGAGGCCAGAACUGUUCAGUGCUCAAUGUUACAAUGUUUAAUCCACCCUCAUGAAUCACUUUUCUCAAAGGGUGUUGAUGACUUAAUUGCCAAUUGUCGAGUUGGGAUAACAACAAAGGAAAAGCUUAGGAAGGUGAUAGAAUGGGUGCAGAAAGCUGGAUCCACUCUUUGCAAUAUUGAUUUGCACAGUUAUCAAGAAAAGAGGCAUUUUUCAAGAAACUGGAAAGUCGUGGAAGAGAGAAAAUCUUGGGAAUGUGUUUCCCUUUCAGAAGUAUCAUGUCUAACCAACUCCUGCAAGGCAGUUUUUCAUGCAUCGGUCGGUGAAAUUUUUCUACCAUGUAUCCAGAUUGCACUUGGCGAUUCUGAGAAGGAAAAGAUGUUUCUCAGCAGGAGAUUAUAUAGAACUGGAGAUGAUAGUUUAGCUGACGAUCUCAUUUGCACUGGUUGCCAGCUGUGUGGUUCCCCGUUGAAUUUGGAGUGCAGGUCCAUGUUUGAGCAAAAUGCCAUUCCACUCUAUUGCUCAAAAAGUUCAAACCGCCUUCAUGCAGUAAGCUUGAUAUAUAGACCCUUUAUGUUAUAUGUAUGGGACGAAUCAAAAUACUUGCCCCUCCUCGUCAGGAACAAGGCUGCAGAAGUCUUGUUUGGAAACAUCAAGGCUGAAAGAGUAUACUUAUGCUAUAGAGGGCAAAACAAUGACUGGAACCCCAAUCCAAAAGAUGUUCACAAGGACAAUCAUUUUUGUGCUAUUGUCUCUAAUCACCCCAAAGCUGCUUCUGGAUUUCAAGGUUCUGGUUCAUCAUAUGCAGAUAAGAGUCUCGAAAGGACAGAAAUACACUGUUGCGAUAAAAAGAUUAACUUCUAUUCGAUUUGGUUAAUUUUUCUGAAAUUGCUGCUGCAACAAGGAAAGAACAGUCCUUUGAAAUUUGAAGUUACUGUAAAUGCCAGCUUAGAUAGGGAAAACGGGAGGUUUGAAAUGGUUUCUAUGUCAAUGCCAUGCUUCAGAGCAAAAUGAUCCAAUACACAUUUCAUACCUGCAAUUUGAGGAAUAAAUGUUACAGUAUUUUUGUUUUAAUUACCUAGUCUUACAAAUCAAAA